CCCGCCUACCCUCGAGUCCCCCAACGUCUCCCCGCGACUGACAGCCAGAGCCGGAAGUUGACAGCGGGGAGAGCCGCCCACGGCUGGCAGCGGAAGCGCGGGGCGGUCGGCGGACAGCCCUGUGGCGACCAGAGCGGGUGGACGCGCUGCGAGCCCCGGGUGGACCCGGACGCGGUCAAGGAGCUCAUCAUUCAAGCUCAGAUUUGUGUUGAAGCCAGGGCUCACUGAUCUAAGUUUCAUGUGUCCAGGGGUGUCCCUGGGGGUCCCAGGACGUCUUCCCUCCACCUCUGCCCUGUGGUCAGUAGCUCUGCCAUCGGAGUCGCAAGAUGACAGCUGCAGUCCUGCUCCCAACUUGUGCUCAGCCUCACCUAUACCUGGCCUCUCUCCAGAAAGAAGGCCUGGGGAAGGAGAGGCUGGCCAGCGAGGUCCUCAUGGGCUGGACACGUGACCUUGUGACCUUCAAGGACGUGGCUGUGGAGUUCAGCCAGGAGGAGUGGGCCCUGCUGGACACUUGGCAGAGGACGCUGUACAGUGAGGUGAUGCUGGAGAAUUGCCGCAACCUGGUCUCUCUGGGGUGCCAUGUUGAUGUGCCCAGCCUGGCUGCCCAGUUGGAACUCUGUCCCCAGGUGGGGACAGAGGAGAGUGGAGUUGUCCAAGACACCUGUGCAGAGUUGGAGCAUGCCCUUCAAGCCAAAUGGCUAAGUCCUGAAAAGCAUGUUUUUAGAAGACAGCAGUCUAAACGUGGGAAAACAGACAGCGGCCAUGGCAGGGCGAACGUCAACGAAUGCAGCCAGUGUUUUAAGGUGUUCAGCACCAAGUCCAACCUGACCCAGCACCAGCGGACCCACACGGGCGAGAAGCCGUACGGCUGCACCGAGUGCGGCAAGGCCUUCAGCAGCCGCUCGUACCUGACCAUCCACCGGCGGAUCCACAACGGGGAGAAGCCGUUCGCCUGCCGCCACUGCGGCAAGGCCUUCAGCGACCCGUCGUCGCUGCGGCUGCACGUGCGCAUCCACACCGGGGAGAAGCCCUACGCCUGCGGCCAGUGCUCCCACGUCUUCCGCACCAGCUGCAACCUCAAGAGCCACACGCGCACGCACGGCGGGGAGAGCCACCACGAGUGCCGCCAGUGCGGCAAGGCCUUCAGCACCCGGUCCUCGCUGACCGGCCACCGCAGCGUGCACACCGGCGAGAAGCCCUUCGCCUGCCGCCUCUGCGGCAAAGCCUUCCGCAAGAGCUCGUACCUGACGCAGCACGCGCGCACGCACACUGGGGAGAAGCCCUACGCAUGCGCGCACUGCGGCAAGGCCUUCAGCAGCAGCUUCUCACUGACGGUGCACAAGCGCACGCACACCGGGGAGAAGCCCUACGCAUGCGCCGACUGCGGCAAGGCCUUCAACAACCUCUCGGCGGUCAAGAAGCACGUGCGCACGCACACCGGGGAAAAGCCCUACGCAUGCGCGCACUGCGGCAAGGCCUUCACCAGCAACUCCUACCUCUCUGUGCACCAGCGGCUGCAUAGCCAGUGGACCUGACCCGUCCUCCCCCCC